AUGCAUUUGUUCCAUGUCCUCCUUGCCUGUGCCAUCACUAUCACUGUCUCUGCUACCCCUGUUCCGGAUGAUGGCGGUCCCAACUACCUCCCCCCCAAGAUCAUUUUUCCCAACUACAUCGUUCCUAUCAAUCAGUCCAAUCCCACUUAUGCCGGCGGGACAAAGUACGAGGGCCAGAUGAAAUACACUGGCAAACCCGAUCAGAUGCGGACUCUGAUUGGAUGGGACAUCCCCGCCGAUGGCCCUAAAAAUUGCAUAAUCAAGUUUGAAUUAUCUACCGAACCUGGCCAGGCGCAGAACACUUGGAUGGCUUCUGGAGGUGGUAAAAUGAAUGCUUAUAUUCUUUCGAACAACCCACGUAUCGAUUACAGAACAAUUAGCUGGGAUAACAGGCCUCUCAGGUCUCCUCUAGCAGCGCAAUGGUCGAUCACACAACCUAUCUCUGGCGGAAAGGCGGCUAUUACUGGUACGAAGAUACCAUGUCGAAGAGGGGAUGUAUUUUUCAUUGAACUUGCAUCCGACGAACAAUCGUAUUUAUACCUCAAGUGGUUUGAACUAACUUCACCUCUUAAUGGUAUUACACUUGAGAUGAGCAACUCCCCGUAA